GUUGGGAACAGAAGUUCAAGAGGCCGCGCUGCUCCUUCUCCCACUUUCACUGGGGAGUCUUGCUCUGCAAGUGCAGUUGCAGGCGGUUCGGGAGCGCACACCCAGACCUGCCGCCCGCCGCUUCUGUAUCUCUGCAUCUGCCACCGUGGGUCCCAAGUUCCAGCGACUUCUCCUGUCCCACCCUCUCCGCUCUGCUCCCCGUGUGUCCUGAAGAAAGGGGACCUGCUCCCGAGAUUUCCCACGGUGAUGAUAGCAUUUGAAGACCUGGCUGUGUACUUUACAUGGGAGGAAUGGCAGAAAAUGAACAAUGCUCAGAAAAUCCUGUACAGAGAUGUGAUGCUGGAGACCUACAGCAGCCUCUUCUCCUUGGGGCACUGUACUACCAAACCUGACUUGAUCUUCAAGCUGGAGCAAGGAGCAGAGCCAUGGAUGGUGGAAGAAUGCCUGAAUCAGAGCCUUUCAGUGGGCAUGAAAAAGAAUGACCUGAUUAGGAUCAACCAGGAAAGUUGGGACAAAAAUCUGAAUCAGGAUUUUAUGAAAAAUAACAAGACAUCAGCCCCCAAGAGAGUUGAAUUAAGAACAACACUUAGUUUAAAUUUAAGCCAUAUUCCAACAAUGAUUAUUAAAAAGGGAACCUAUUCAGGAUUGAAGCCUGAGGAAUGCAAUAUAUGUCACACUGUGUAUCUCCCCAGUGGGCCUGAUCAACUACAGGCUGGAAAGAAAUUUGGUAACACUAAGGUGUCUGGAAAUACUCUCCAGUUCUGUGAGCCUCUUGGUCAGUGUGACAAGAUUCACAUCAUGAGGCAGCCAUUUGGACCCACUGGACAAGCAAAAGUCUUCACAAGAAAUAUGUUCUGUAAAUCUGAGAGGGUUCAUAUGGGAGAAAAUUGUAAUAAGGCAGCUGUCACUUUUGGAAAAGCAACUCAAAUAGAAAAAACUAUCCAUGAAAAUUCUAGCCUCAAUAUACAUCAACAAACCCACAUAAGAGAGAAAUUUUAUGAAUACAUUAGGGAUGAUGAACCUGUCAUUCACCAAUUACAUCUUGCAAUAAAACAGAAACCACAUAUAAGGGAAAAACUCUACACAUGUAAACCUUGUGGAAAACCACUGAGCUCUAAAUCAUCUUAUGAAUGUAAUGACUGUGGAAAAGCAUUUGGACAAAAGUCAGCCUUCCUCAUACAUCAGAGAAUUCACACAGGGGGGAAACUUUAUGAAUGCCUUCAUUGUGGAAAAGGCUCUCUGUGGAAGUCAUCCUUCCUCAUACAUCAGCAAAUUCACACAGGGGAGAAACCUCAUCAAUGUAAUGACUGUGGAAAAGCCUUUGGACAAAAGUCAGACCUCAUAAUGCACCAGAGAAUUCACACAGGGGAGAAACCUCAUCAAUGUAAUAAUGACUGUGGAAAAGCCUUUAGACACAAGUCAAAGCUCAUAAUGCACCAGAGAAUUCACACAGGAGAGAAACCUCAUGAAUGUAAUGACUGUGGAAAAGCCUUUGGACAGAAGUCAAACCUCAUCAUGCAUCAGCGAAUUCACACAGGGGAGAAACCUCAUCAAUGUAAUGACUGUGGAAAAGCCUUUGGACAGAAGUCAACCCUCAUAAUGCACCAGAGAAUUCACACAGGAGAGAAACCUCAUGAAUGUAAUGACUGUGGAAAAGCCUUUGGACGCAAGUCAAACCUCAUCAUGCAUCAGCGAAUUCACACAGGGGAGAAACCUCAUCAAUGUAAUGACUGUGGAAAAGCCUUUAGACACAAGUCAAAGCUCAUAAUGCACCAGAGAAUUCACACAGGAGAGAAACCUCAUGAAUGUAAUGACUGUGGAAAAGCCUUUGGACAGAAGUCAAACCUCAUCAUGCAUCAGCGAAUUCACACAGGGGAGAAACCUCAUCAAUGUAAUGAUUGUGGAAAAACCUUUGGACAAAAGUCAGCCCUCAUCAUGCAUCAGAGAAUUCACACAGGGGAGAAACCUCAUCAAUGUAAUGACUGUGGAAAAGCCUUUGGACGAAAGUCAGCCCUCAUAAUGCACCAGAGAAUUCACACAGGGCAGAAAUCUCAUCAAUGUAAUGACUGUGGAAAAGCCUUUGGACACAAGUCAAACCUCAUCAUGCAUCAGAGAAUUCACACAGGGGAGAAACCUUAUGAAUGUAAUGACUGUGGAAAAGCCUUUGGCCAUAAGUCAGCCCUCAUAAUGCACCAGAGAAUUCACACAGGAGAGAAACCUCAUGAAUGUAAUGACUGUGGAAAAACCUUUGGACACAAGUCAAACCUCAUCAUGCAUCAGCGAAUUCACACAGGGGAGAAACCUCAUCAAUGUAAUGACUGUGGAAAAGCCUUUGGCCAUAAGUCAGCCCUCAUAAUGCACCAGAGAAUUCACACAGGAGAGAAACCUCAUCAAUGUAAUGACUGUGGAAAAGCCUUUGGACGCAAGUCAAACCUCAUCAUGCAUCAGCGAAUUCACACAGGGGAGAAACCUCAUCAAUGUAAUGACUGUGGAAAAGCCUUUAGACACAAGUCAAACCUCAUAGUGCAUCAGAGAAUUCACACAGGGGAGAAAUUUCAUCAAUGUAAUGACUGUGGAAAAGCCUUUGGACAAAAGUCAGACCUCAUAGUGCAUCAGAAAGUUCACACAGGGGAGUAACCUCAUGAAUGUAACGAUUGUUGAACAUCCCUUGGCCAUAAAUCAGCCCUCAUGAAACAUCAGUGAAUUCACACAGGGGAGAAACCUGUGAGAAACCUAUAUGAGAAACUAAUGUAAUGACUGUGGAAAAGCCUUUGGCCAAAAGUCACACCUCCUAUCACACCAGAAACCUCAUGAAUGUAAUGACUGUGGAAAAACUUUUGCCCAUAAGUUCCAACUCCAAAUGCAUCAGAGGAUUCACACAGGGAAAUAACUUUAUGAAUGUAAUAACUGUGGAAAAGUCAUUUGCUAUAAAUUGUACCUCAUGUCAAAACAGAAUUCACACUUGGCAGAAACCUUAUGAAUCUAAUGAGUGUGGGAAAGCAUUUUAUUAUAAAUCAUAGCUCAUAUCACAGCAGAGAAUUCACACCAGGGAGAAACCUCAUGACUGUAGAAAAGCCCUUGGCAAUAAGUCACAUCUCAGAAUGCAUCAGAAAAUUCACAUGAAGAGAAACUUUUUUAACAUAAUGACUUGAAAAGCCUUUUCCUAUAAUUCAACCCUCAUUGCACAUCAUCUAAUUCAUGUAGAGGAAACACUUUUAAUAUAAUGCAUAUGGAAAGGCCUUUAUCCAUAAGUAACACCUCAUAAAAUUUCAGAGAAGUCACAUGGGAGAGAAACUUAAUGAAUGUAAGGAGUAUUGGAAAAUUCUGCCAAAAUUAUACCAUAUAAUGAUAGAAUUUAUUACAAGGUAGAAAUCUUGUUAUAAAUGUGGGAAAGCCUUUUUUCAGAAGCAAUACCUAAUAACACAUGGAAUUCAAACAAGAUAGAGAACUUAAGAAUAUAAUGAAUGUGAAAGACUUUUUCCAAAAUCAAUGUAACCAUUGUGACAGAGCCUUUUGCUGAAAAUCACAUCCCAUACAAUAGGCACUCCCAUAAAGAAGAAAGGUCAGAAAUGUUAUCAGUGUGGGAAAAAAAGCCAUUUGUCAAAAAUUGAUCAUUACAUAAUAGAAGUCACAGCGGGGCUUUCUUAGAAGUGUAAUGAAUGUGGAAAUAUGUAUUUUAGGAAUUCAGGCUUGCAUAAAUAUGGAACUCAAAAAGGUGAUUUCCUUCAAGUGCAGCAGUUAUGAAAAAAACAUUUAGCCAGAAAUUAAACAUCAACAAACAGCAGAGAAUUCAUACAGAAAAUUAUCAAUUUAAUGAAUGUGAAAAAUUCCUCUGCCACAAAUCAAUUCACAUGAAGAGACUAAGAAAUGAGAAAACAUACAUGCAUAAAAAAGUUAUGUACCAAAAAUCAUCUCUCCAUGACUGACAAUUCACACAAAGGAAAAAUCCUAUGACUGUAUUGUAAUGGGAUUACAUUAUUAUUAUUAUUAGGCAAACUUCCACAAAACAUAACAAGAUUACAGAGAGAAGUCCCUGAAAUACAAUGUGUUUAGAAGAAUUCUUUGGGCGGUGCCGUGGCUUAACAGGCUAAUCCUCUGCCUUGCAGCACCAGCACACCGGGUUCUAGUCCCGGUUGGGGUGCCGGAUUCUAUCCCGGUUGUCCCUCUUCCAGGCCAGCUCUCUGCUAUGGCCCGGGAAGGCAAUGGAGGAUGGCCCAAGUGCUUGGGCCCUGCACCCACAUGGGAGACUGGGAGAAGCGCCUGGCUCCUGUCUUCGGAUCAGCAGGAUGCGCCGGCCACAGCGGCCAUUGGAGGGUGAACCAACAGCAAAAAGGAAGACCUUUCUCUCUGUCUCUCUCUCUCACUAUCCACUCUGCCUGUCAAAAAAAAAAAAAAGAAUUCUUUGGUGGAAUCACAUCAUAGCAAGUAUUGGGCAGUUUGCAUGAUGAAUUGUGACAGAGAGUGGUUAACCAUUCUUCAGAAAUUUUUUCUCUUAUACAACCUGUGGUUUUGAUUUCUCAUUAUUGUCAAUGGGACCAAGUAUAUGAAUUUGUGCCCUCAUGUGUAAAUUUUGUUAAUAAAUAUUUAAAAGUUGCAACAGAUGAUUAACAGUUAUUGCAACAGUAACUUAGAAUACCAUCUUCAUCUAUUACAAAGUUAUUUGUUUUAGAGCUGCUUUGUUGUCCACCCAGGAUUCUUUCACCACAUUAUUGUAGAGAACUUAAGAAUAUAAUGAAUGUAAAGGACUUUUUCCAAAAUCAAUGUAACCAUUGUGACAGAGCCUUUUGCUGGAAAUCACAUCCCAUACAAUAGGCAUCCCCAUAAAGAAGAAAGGUCAGAAAUGUUAUCAGUGUGAAAAAAAGCCAUUUGUCAGAAAUUGAUCAUUACAUAUCAAAGAAUUCACACUGGGGGUUUCUUAAGAGUGUAAUGAAAUCAGUGAUGUGACCAUAGGCAUGUCAAGUACAACAUGUUCCAGCCAUAAUAGUGUACCCCAGCCCUAGAUGAUAAGUGUUGUAUGCAGCAAAAGGGAAUGAGCUUCUGGUCACCUAUAUACCCAUGAGAAAUUUGAACUUAUCUGUGUGAAUAUCUGGAUUAGACUCCACUACCCAAGGUCUAUUUGAAUAUUCAUGUAGAUGUUGUCUCACACAUCACUCUCAUUCUUUAAAGGGACAAUGUCAAACCCUAUAAAUUGCAACUCUACUUAUCUCCUGAAUUUUCUUGUAUUACUGAGUACAUAAUCCCUUUUUCAUUCAUGAUUCCCCUUUUCUCUUCUUCAUUCAAUUCCUAAUUGCUGAGAGACAAGAACUUGGAAAGAAGUCUAUCUGGGUGGUACCCAUUGCAAUAGAGAAGCAGGAGCAUAAAUGUAGUACAAUUUUGUAUUAAUAUAACUUUACAAUGACUUUUAUAGCAUUUUUGUUUGUAUUAUUACCCACUCCUGCAGGUGACCCUCAUUUUU